AUGGAUUGCAACGGCCCCUCGCAUUGUCCCGACCAGGGGCUCUUUCGUAUCGACCUGCACACGCACAUCAUGCCUCCAUCCUUGCCCGAUCUCUCGUCCUAUCUGUCAUCACCGGUGGCAUCCCCAACGGAAUGCCCGCCUUCAGAUCCCUCGGACCUAGACUCGGGCUUAGACUCAGGGCCAGGCCACUCGCCAUGGCUUUCGCUACAGCCGAAUCCCCAAUCCCCUGACAAGGUAGACAUGUACGUAUGCGAUCGCUUCUUCCGCACUGUCGAGAAAAACUGCUACGACGUGACCACCCGCCUCGCAGAGAUGGACGCCAUCAAUACGGACGUGCAAGUGCUCAGCACGAUCCCCAUCCUAUUCUUCUACGACCAACCCUGGGAGCCCGUCGCCAUCCUCGCCCGCCAUCUGAACGACCACAUCGCCGGUCUAUGUCAUGAUCACCCGAUGCGGUUUCUGGGACUUGCGACGGUGCCGCUCCAGGACGUUGCAGCCGCCGUGGCAGAACUGCACCGGGCGAAAUAUGAGCUCCAUCUGCACGGGGUAGAGAUCGGGACGACCAUCAACGAUAUGACAUUGGAUGACUGCUCGCUCGAUCCGUUCUGGCAGGCAUGUCAGGAUCUGGACAUGCCGAUCUUCGUGCAUCCGCUGGGUUACACCUGGCCCAAAGAGAAUCCGAAGCGCUGGGCAAAAUACUGGAGUUCCUGGCUGGUGGGGAUGCCGUGCGAGACGGCGCUGGCAUUGCACUCGUUGAUCUGCUCGGGGACGCUGCUACGGUUCCCACGGCUCAGGCUGUGUUUUGCUCACGCGGGGGGCUCUUUCCCUGCCCUGUUGGGCCGUAUCCAGCAUGGAUAUGACUGUCGACCGGAUUUGGUGGCCACCGACGCCGGGGGGGUUACCCCGACGGAGCAUGCCACGACCAAAGAGAAUAUCUGGAUCGAUAGCCUGACGCACGACGCGGACAUGCUCGAGUACCUGGUGAAGAAGAUGGGCGUGCAGCGCAUCGUCAUGGGGAGUGAUUAUCCUUUCCCGCUGGGGGAACUGCCCGAGGCGGGGAGGAUGCUAGCAAGGGAUUGCAGUCUGGAGAGGUUCCUGUCGUGGAAGGAGAGGGCUGAUAUGCUGGCGGGUAAUGCCUUGCGUUUCUUGCGCCUGGACUCGGAUCCGGCCUGGAGUCAUGCUAUGGAAGCACGGUGGAGAGUGUUCAUGGAGAAGACCCGUGCAUGUUGCUGA